AGCCAUUAGCUGCAGCCCCACUUUGAACAGCCAUCAGACCUUGGAUGGCCAUGGCUGCGCCGUGACGGAGGCGUGGGAAUGGAGCCGGCGGUUGGCCUGCCUUUGGGCGUGAACGAGUACGCACCGUUGGGGAUCUCCACAGUCAGCUCUUCAACCUCUCCUCUUGCUCGUGCAGCAGCAGGCGCUCGCAGACUGCACUUCCAGAGCUCCGAGAUUUGCUGCCAGGUUCGAGGAGCUCGUCGGCAGUGCUCAGGCCGAGUGACGGAGGCAACGGCCCUGGAGGUCAUCCUGGGCGUUUCUCUGAGGAGUCUUUUGCUUGCACAUCGACCUUUCUUUGGGUCGCGUGGUGCUGGCGGAUUUCUGAGGGGGGGGACUGGCUUGCUUUUCCAGCGUAAAAAUCGGUGGGCUUCAAACCACCCGUGGAUUAUUUCCGGGGGUUUCAAGAACAGCCUAUCAAGAUUAUCAUGCAUGCUCUCAUUUGCGUAAAGCCAGUCGUUUGCACGUACGAGAACUCCGCAAAGAAAGCGCCUGGCUUGUUCGCAUCCUAGGGGUGCAAUGUCCAAGCCCUCUGAAACACGGCCUUGGAAGCUCUUGGAGCCCCAGUGCGAAAGGGGUCCGCCCAAAGGCAGGUGCCUGUCAAUCCUGAAAGUCUUGGGUGCCGAGCUACCGAAAGCUUAAACAUGUGCUUUGUGUCGGUUCGCAAACGCCUUCGAUGCAGCUGUCAAGCGCUAGACACAGGUGCCCCCAGCAUGUUGCCUGCUUGCCCAGCUACGUAGACUGUCCUGGCAACUGUGAGUGUGGCUUUCGCUUUGGCACGCAAGAGGGAGAAGCCUUCAUAAAGGCAGUGACUUGCGAACCCCUCCAGGCCCUUUGUAUAGCGAGAGUAAGGACACCUGAAAAGCCGGACGGCUCCUUGCCAGUAGCUUUGAUCCCAGCGCUCAGCGCUGCAACGCGCUCCCGACUCGUAUGGCUGUAACAUGUUUGCAAAACACUCUGGAGGAACUAAUUUUGAGGACCCUUGGCAUUUUUAUUUGAAUCGUGCGAAAGAUGAUGCUUUGAGAUCCAAUGACCCAGUCAGGGUCUUGAAAAUACAUUGCUUUUGCAUGGGAGAUCGCCGGUUUUGGAAUGUGUUUCCGCAAUUUCCGCCACGGCCACAUCCGUACUUUCGCUUCGGCCGACGCAUCAGCCCUGGCCGAAAGGUUGAAAGAACAUCCUCAAUCCAUUAACGGCAGUUAAAUGUUGUGUGAGCAAAGCUCGUUUAGCUUUUCAGCCCCGAAAGGAUUUUUUUUUCCAGCCCAGUUACCUAACCGGAGCGGAAUCGGCGGUCCAGAGGGCAAAUCGCAAAGCGAGGACCUAACCACUGAGAUGUUGGAGACACGAUUUGAGCCAACAGGUUGGAGAGUGCAGGCGGUAGGCUUGUUUUAUCUUGAAAAAAGCGGUUUAAGGUUUGCGGAAUCUCGGCAUGCAUGUGGAGCAGUUGCUGCAGACGUUGGCGCAAAUGGACCAAGCUGCCAUCGAGCAGG